AUGGCCCCGAUCCACGUUGGCGCUCUGGUCUUUGAUUACCAGACAAUCGAUGUCAUUGGACCUUGCGAUCUGCUCAAUUCCGCGAGUAAGAUGCUCAUGGAAGGUAUCAAUCAGUAUACCCCCGUGGAUCCAGCCCUUCUGGAAAAGGCGCCCGACUUCGUUUUCCAUCAUAUCGGAGAGAAUCUGGACCCAGUGCACCAGCUUACAAGUUCUGUGACUAUGGUGCCUACGGUCACUGUGGACGACGUCCCCGAACUGGAUAUCCUCCUCGUCGGUGGGGAUAGUCCUAGGGAAACCAACCUUCCUCCGAAAUUGCAGGAUCUAAUUCGUCGCCAUGUUGCUUCUGGGAAGUUACUCUUUACGACUUGUACCGGUUCCGCUGUCGUUGCUGCUACUGGCGCUAUAGAUGGCAGAAGGGCUACAGUCAAUAACCUCGAGUUCAAUUGGGUUAAAAACAAGUACCCAAAUGUCAAUUGGACGAAGGAGAAGAAGUGGAUUAUCGACGGCAACAUUUGGACUGGGAGUGGAGCUGUGGCGGGGAUGGAUAUGGUUGCACACUGGAUCAAAGAGACUUUUGGGCUGGACAUUCUCAUUCAAGCGGCAUUGUCGCUUGAUUUUGAACCACGGGAUGUUGAUGGGCUUUUCAAUGUCUUUCCCCCGCGAUACGAUUCGGUCGGAAACAAAAUUUCCACUCACGUCUUCCCUGACGAGAUCUGA